AUGGGUGGCUCUGAUAAAGAGAGGACACCAUAUAUGGGGCCGCCAACUGAUGCUUACGACGAAGCGUGGGAGGAUCUAUACAAUUACGGAAUUAUUAAAAUCCCCCAGUCCGAUGCAGGGCAACUUGUCAACCAUACACUCCCUCUAGCGUCGGAGCCCGGUCAAUACGUUGUCGAGCUUGACGUCUUCCAUCAACCUCAUUGCCUACACUAUCUCCACAAAAAAGCCUGGGGCCACGACAUGGGCCUAAGCACCAGCGACCCGGACGAAGUGACCAAAUUCUGGCAACACUUGGACCACUGCUCCGAGUCCCUGCGACAGAGCCUGAUGUGCUCAUCCGACGUCUCGACCAUCCACUGGGUGUGGUCUGAAGAGCAUCACCGGUGGCAGGCGGACGGGCGGGUUGUGCAUACGUGUCGCGACUUUGAGGCGAUACGCGAGUGGGCGUUUGAGCGGACGGCGGGGGUCGUUGAUUUUGAGACUUGGGUGGCGGAUCCUCUAAAGGGGAAUGUCUAG